AAAUAAUGUUUAAAAUAAUGUGAAGAAAAAAAAAAAAGACAAGGGAGGAAGAAUACUAGUACAACUCUACUCCGUAUUCAAUAUCGAUGCACGCAUCCAGCGAAGCCUAAACCCCCAACCCCAACCGCAUACCUCGUGGAAUCUCAACCUUCUCCUUUCUCUCUCUUCACUUUCUCUCUCUAUUCUGUUUUAGUUUCACACACUACAAGCUUGAGGAGAGAGAAAAGUAUAAAAAUGGCGACGGAAGGAGUUGGUGGUGGUGGAGUUGGAGGAGGUUCUUCAAGGAGAAAACCUUCAUGGAGAGAAAGAGAAAAUAAUCGAAGAAGAGAAAGAAGAAGAAGAGCCAUUGCUGCUAAGAUUUUUGCUGGUUUAAGAGCUCAAGGAAACUAUAAUCUUCCUAAACAUUGUGAUAAUAAUGAAGUUCUUAAAGCUCUUUGUGCUGAAGCUGGUUGGAUUGUUGAACCUGAUGGAACUACUUAUCGCAAGGGAAUGAAGCCGCCUCCGCCGGAGAUUAUUGCUAGCUUUAAUCAUUUUAAUGGCGGUUCUGGUUCUCAUUCUCAAUUAUCAUCAACAUUUCAAAGUCCAUUUCAAUCUUACCAACCUAGUCCAUCUUCAUCUGCUCCACAGAGUCCAACUCGUAAUGAUAUGAAUUCAUUUUCACAAAAUCAUCCAUUCUCUUUUCUUUGCAAUUCGAUUAAUCUUCCUCCUCUUCGAAUAUCAAACAGUGCACCAGUUACACCUCUUCUAUCAUCUCCAACAUCUAAAACUGCUGCUGCUCCUAAACAAGUAUUCAAUUUAGAAGCUGCUAAAGAUUCUAUGGCUUCUUUUAAUUAUCCUCUUUUUGCUGCAUCUGCUCCGUCUAGUCCUACAAGGCGGCGCAAUUUUACUCCACCAACUAUACCUGAAUGUGAUGAAUCUGAUUGCUCCAAUGUUGAUUCUGGCCAGUGGAUCAGUUUUCAGAGGUUUUCUAGGCCACCUAUUCCAACUUCUCCUACUUUUAAUUUGGUUAGGCCAAUGGUUCAGAAAAUGUCACUUAAUGAUGCAAUUGAAGACAGGGCAAGAGUUGUUGAAGCUGAAAAUGUCAAGGUUACACCCUGGGAAGGGGAGAGGAUUCAUGAUGUGGGUAUGGAUGAUCUUGAACUCACUCUUGGAAGUGGGGUUGCUAGAAACUAAAUUUGAACGAUCAACAACAAUUACCCAAUUGUUUAAAUGCAAUGGAAUGGAUGUGUUUCGAGAAAAAUGGCAGAAUUUCAGAUAUGCAUACUCAAAAGUUCUUGCAAUUUGUUGGUAUCAAAAGUUCAUUUGCUUUUAACAAGUUUGGUGUAGUUUAUGGAUGUUUAUUUUUUUUAGUUAGAAUUAAUGCUCAUAAGGGUGUUGAUUUCAAUGGUUAUUUUAGUUUAUUUAUUUUAUUCUUGCCUGGUUUAGUUUCUGUCAACCUAGCAUAUUGGAUUGCUUGGGGAAUUUACACAAGCAUUACAUGUAGAUAGGAUGUUGUAGUUCUCCUUUUGAAGUUAAAAGGAGGAUUCCUUCUGUUGUAGACUCCUGCCUAAGUUACUUCUGGAGUAUUUAGUAAGGGAUUGAUUUUUUCUAUUUCUGCUUUGUAGUUAAAGUUUCAAUGUAAGAAAUAUAUUAUAUGGAAAUUGAUUAGUACAAACUUCUUUUUGCAA